GCCUCCAUUCGCCCCACAGAGCCCGGAACGCCGAGAGUCCACAGCCGGGUGACCCAUUCUGCCCUACGCGAUCUGGGUCCGCCAGAGUCGGGGAAGGGUGGGAAACGGGUCCUUGAGCCGCUUGGAGGAUUGGAAGUUGCAACGGGAGCACUGGAAGGAGCAGCACUGGACCCUCAGAAGAGCCCAAAUGGCGCAGUGGGAGAUGUUACAGAACCUUGACAGCCCGUUCUUGGACCAGUUACACCAGAUCUACUCACAGAGUAUCCUGCCAAUGGAUGUCAGACAGCACUUGGCCGCCUGGAUUGAAGACCAGAACUGGAGUGAAGCUGUGCUAGGCAAUGACGAUUCCAAGGCCAACAUGCUGUAUUUCAACAUCCUGGACCAGCUGAACCAGUGGAACCACUACAGCUUAGACUCCGAUUACUUGUUACUGCAGCAUAACUUGCGGAAAUUCAACCGGGACAUUCAGACCUUUCCUAAUGGCCCUACCCAGUUGGCUGAGAUGAUCUUUAAUCUUCUUCUGGAAGAGAAAAGUAUUCUGAAUCAGGCCCAAAGAGCUCAAGAGGUGCAGCCCAGGCCAGUCCCCGAAGCAGCAGUGGAGAGCCAGCAUCUUGAGAUCGAAACUCGCAUCCUGGAUUUACAGACUGUGGUUGAGAUGUUGGUGAGAUCCAUCAGGCAGCUGAAGGACGAGCAGGAUGUCUUCACCUUCAGAUACACCAUUCUCAACCAGAAGAAGACAUCGUCUUUGGAUCCCCAUCAGAGCCAACAGGAGCAGCUUGUGCAGGCGACAAUCAACAAAGUGGACAGAAUGAGAAAGGAGGUACUGGACGUCUCCAAAGGACUGAUUGGCCGAUUAACCACCCUGGUCGACCUCCUGCUGCCCAAAGUGGACGAGUGGAAGGUGCAGCAGCAGAAGUCCUGCAUUGGAGCCCCGCCACCCGAGCUGCAGCUGGAACAGCUGGAACAGUGGUUGACGGCUGGAGCGAAGUUCUUGUUCCACCUUCGUCAGCUCCUGCAGCAGCUGAAGGAACUCAGUCACGAGCUUCGGUAUGAAGGUUACAUGUUUGGCCAAGGGGUGGAUCUGCAGAAUGCACAAGUCAUGGAGUUACUUCAGCGUCUGCUCCAAAGGUCCUUCGUAGUGGAGACCCAGCCCUGCAUGACCCAGACUCUCCAUCGACCCCUCAUCCUGAAGACCGGGAGCAAGUUCACAGUCCGGACAAGACUGCUGGUGAGACUCCAGGAAGGCAACAAAUCACUCAGAGCAGAAGUCUCCGUUGACAGGAAUUCAGACUUACCAGGCUUCCGGAAGUUCAACAUUCUGACCUCAAACCAAAAAACCUUGACUCCUGAGGAGGGCCAGAGACAAGGCUUAAUUUGGGACUUCGGCUUCUUGACGCUGGUGGAGCAACGCUCUGUGGGUGCAGGAAAGGGCAACAACAAGCAGGGGCCGCUGGCCGUGACCGAGGAGUUACACAUCAUCAGCUUCAUGGUGGAGUACGUGUACCAGGGUCUGACGAUGAAGCUGCAGACCGACACGCUCCCCGUGGUGAUUAUUUCUAACAUGAGCCAACUCUCCAUUGCCUGGGCAUCCAUUCUCUGGUUCAACAUGCUCAGCUCAAAUCCCAUGAACCAGCAGUUCUUCUGCCAAGCCCCGAAAGCCCCCUGGAGUUUGCUGGGGCCUGUGCUCAGCUGGCAGUUCUCCUCUUACGUCGGCCGAGGCCUGGAUUCUAAGCAGCUGGGCAUGCUGAGGAACAAGCUGUUGGGAAAGAACUGCAAGGAUGCACUGCUGUCCUGGGGAGACUUCAGCAAGCGAGAGAGCCCCCCUGGCAAGAUCCCUUUCUGGACCUGGCUGGACAAAAUUCUGGAGCUGGUACAUGACCACCUGAAGGAUCUCUGGAAAGAUGGGCGCAUCAUGGGCUUUGUGAGCCGCAGCCAGGAACACCGACUGCUGAAGAAGAUGAUGUCUGGCACCUUCCUGCUGCGCUUCAGUGAAACGUCUGAAGGGGGCAUUACUUGCUCUUGGGUGGAGCACCAGGAUGACGAUAAAGCCCACGUCCGCUCCGUGCAGCCUUUCACCAAGGAAGUGCUGCAGUCACUCCCUCUGACGGAAAUCAUCCGCCACUACCAGGUUCUUGCCGAAGAGAACAUCCCUGAGAACCCACUCCGCUUCCUCUAUCCCAGAAUCCCUCGGGACGAAGCUUUUGGGUGCUACUACCAGGAAAAAGUUAAUUUUGAAGAACAGAGGAAAUAUUUGAAACAUAGACUCAUUGUGAUCUCUAACAGACAGGACGAGCUGCAGCAGCCUCCAGAGCUCAAACAGGAUCCAGAGUUGUUAGAGCUGGAUGCAGAGCUCAUGUCGGCGAUGGAGUUAGCACAAGACCUGGAGCUGGGCUCGAUGCUGCAGACAGGGCUGGACCUGGGCACAGAGCUGAAGCUAGAGCCCACACUGAAUGCAGCCCCACAAAUCAUGCUGGAGCCAGACCCAACACAUGCACUGCUGCAGUUGCCAGAGCCAGAUCUGCCUCAGGACCUGCAGCAGCUGAACAUGGCUGAUAUGGCAAUCUUCAGAAAUAACAUAAAUAUUGAAGACAUCAUGCCCAACGGUGACCCGCUCUUGGCUGGCCAGAGCACCAUAGAGGAGUCUUACAUGUCCUGCCCCAGCCAUUUUGACGUGGAUGGACCCUUGAUAACUUCUGAGGACUAGGAGCUACGUUUCCGUUUUGUCCCUCCUAGCUCCCACAUCAGGAAGUUGCUUCCAAAAAUGAGAAAUGAGGUCUGCUAAGCUGGGUUAGCCACGAACUUUGGAGUAAGAGGUAAAAGCCUAACAUGGUUUCAAAGGCGCACCAAAGAGUCAGAGUAGACCCUGGCCAUGGUCUCUCUAGGAUCCCGAGGCUGCGUGCCACGCUGGAAGACGCAGGAGUCUUGGGGGCCGGUCAGGACAUUUGGGAGGUCCUUAGCGGGUCUGAGGCAGUGGUGUCUUUCCAGGUUGGAACGACUUUAAUGUUUUGAUAAUUGGCUAAGUUGGUGGGAAGCAACAUGGGGUCUUUGUGGGGAGCUCAGACAUGGAUGGAAUUUUGUCCUUCCUCCUCCAUUGCUACGAUGGGUCCUGUGGAACCCAGACCCUUGCCAGGCAACCACGGUGACACUGAGCACAGCCGAGUCCUUCAGUUCUCUCUUCCAGUUACCUCAGAGACCUGCCUGAGGUAACCUACCUUUGCUCCCGACUCCAGUUCUAAAUUUCCUUCUCUUCCUGUAGAGGCUGAGAGCUGUCUGCUUCAGCCCACCAUGUGAAACAGAAGAACUGCUAGCUGGGCCCUUGCCGUGCUCAAUCCCCGCCCCACCCCCAAUGUAAUCCUGACACUCUAAUGAAGAUGUGAAGCUUUGCUGCUUUAGGCCAUCUCUGCCUCCCCCAGCACUUGAGAGGGAACACCCCUGGAGGUUCGAGUGGUUUCUGAGCACUUGGGAAUUACUCCUUAUAGUAUUCAGUAGAGCUCAGAGUUUGAAGAGAACUUAGCUAUUUAAUAAGAGGGCAUCGCUUUUUUUUGGUACAGUGUUUUGUUAACAUGAAAGAAAAAAAAUAACUUUUUUUUCUAUCCCUCAGGGGUGACCUGGGCAAGGACCAGGUUCCUUAGUGUCAGAGCCUUGAAGGUUUAUGAGACAUUUUUAUGUCUUAGCCAUUAUCAGGGAGCCCAGGGGGCAGUUGCCGCCGCUUUAAGGUGUGCUUGUGGUACAACUUGUGGCAAAUGAAUGUGAGGACUUGUGCUAUAACUGUUUUCUUAUCUGCUGCAUCAGAACAGUUCAGGAAGGGGUUAGUAAUAACUCGGGGGGGGGGGGGGCAGUGCCACGCCCAGCAGGAGCCAACCAAGAACCGAGGAGGAAGAUGCACACAGGAGCAGAAGCUCAAGGAGCCAAAACCAAAAGUGGUGAGAAAAAGGGACCCAGCCAAUGGUGAAAUUAAGAAAUCCAGCAAAGGGGGCUGGAAAGAUGGCUCAAUGGGUAAGAGCACUGACUGUUCUUCCAAAGGUUAUGAGUUCAAAUCCCAGCAUCCACAUGGUGGCUCACAACCAUCUCUUUAUGGAUAUAAAGAGAUCUAAUGCCCUCUUCUGGUGUCUGAAGACAGCUAAUAAAUCUUUAAAAAAAAAGAAAGAAAGAAAGAAAGAAAGCAAUCCAGCAAAGGGCUGGAGAGACGGCUCAGUGGUCAAGAGCACCAACUGCUCUUCCAGAGGUCCUGAGUUCAAAUCCCAGCAACCGCAGGGUGGCUCACGACCAUCUGUGAUGGGAUCCAAUGUCCUCUUCUGGUGUGUCUGAAGACAGCAAUGAUGUACUCAUACAAACAAGGGCACAGUGCAUUGCGGGACCACGAGAAUGGUACUGUGUCUUUCUGCUCCUUUGGAAGUCCCCUGGGCUCUCUGCUGGGCCGUCUCCCACUGCCCACGGCUCUCACCGCCCACGCCCACGCUCCAAAUAGUUAGAGUGAACUGUUGUUCUGGAGUCCUUCGUACAACGUAAUAAAUUUUUGUUAAAACAACAACAAAAA